AUCUGCCGCGUGCCCAAGCUGUGAGUCCGGUAAAGCCGCUGCCUGUCUCCAUAGCGACGACACCCCGGAAAUAUACCGUAACCUGCCAGUGGUGAUCAGCUUACUGUAUGUUUAUCUGCCGCUUUGUUUAUCAAACAAGAACAAACUCAUAUCCGCCGAGUUUGUUUGUUUGUUUGUUUGUUUGUUUGUUAGUCCUUUGAGCCAGUAAACAUGUCGGAGCCCGAGGAAGAGCUGCAGGGAGAGCAGAGAGACAGCACGAAGAAGAAGAAGAAAGAAAAACGAAGCGGGAAGAAGAAGAAGAAGAAGGAGAAGCGGGAAGAAGAACAGCAGCAGGUGGAGGAGGAAGAAGAGGAGCAGAGUGAGUGUGUUGUGCUGCGUGGGAUCUUCAAACUGGGGAAGAAGAGUCACGACGUCCUGCUCACCAGAACCAGACUGACCUGGACCCCCAUCACCCCGGAGACCCCCACAGCUGAGGUGUGCGUGCUGCAGCCAGAUGUGGUGCUGCUGCAGGACGUGUUUGCGGUGAAGGUGAAGCGGCGGCGAGCGGCGGGCCAGCAGACAGGGGGAGCCGUGCUCGGCGUGACUCUGUUCUGCUGCAGGAGGAGAGGGAGCAGGCUGGAGGAGGACACCCUGCACCUCCACAACGCCUCAGCAGAACACACAAACACCUGGUACAACACCCUGAAGGAACUGCUCACAGGGUUCAGCAGUCGUCCCAGGUGUCUGAAGGUGUUCAUCAACCCCAGCAGCCACAAGAAGGAGGCCGUUCAUAUCUACAGAGAACAUGUGGCUCCGCUCUUCAAGAUGGCUGACAUCUGCACUGACAUCACCGUGACAGAGAGGAAGGGUCAUGCUCUCUCAGUGAUGAAGGAAUGCAAGCUGGAUGAAUAUGAUGGGCUGGUGUGUGUUGGUGGGGACGGUUCGGUGGCGGAGCUGUGUCAUGCUCUGGUCCUCAGAGCUCAGCUGGAUGCUGAUUCUCCAGAGAAACCAGUGAAACCAGUGCUGCCACUUGGAAUCAUUCCUGCUGGUUCUACUGACGUGGUUUCCUGUUCUGUUCAUGGAGUCAGAGAUCCAGUCACUGCAGCCCUGCACAUCAUCCUCGGUCACCUGCAGCAGGUGGACAUGUGCAGCUUCUCGUCUCUCGGUCAGUUGGUGCGUUUCGGUUUCUCCGCCAUGUUUGGCUUUGGUGGACGGAGCUUAGCACGGGCGGAGAAGAAGAGGUGGAUGCCGUCGUCACGGCGACGAGAAUAUGCUCUGGUGAAGACACUAGCUAGGCUGAGACCAGAAGACUGUCAGCUGUCUUUUCUACCAGUGAAGAAGUCAAACAGGAAUUUGUCUAAACAUCGAGACCAGGACCAGGACCCAGAGUCAGAAGGGGGGGAGUCCUGGACGACCAAUCAGGGCCUGUAUCUGAGCAUCAGCAUCAUGUCCAUCCCCUGUCUGAGUCCACACGCACCUCAAGGACUGGCUCCCAACACCAGGUUGGCAAAUGGCAGCGCAGCAUUGAUUGCAGUAGGAAACACUUCCAGGUCAGAGUUCAUCAAACACCUGAAGCGAUACAGCAGCUCUAGUGAACAGUUCAGCUUCCCCUUUGUGGAGACGCAUGCCGUGUCAGCAGUGAGGAUCCGCCCGCGGUCGCUGAUUGGCUGGUCGGAGGAGGAGAGCGAGGAAGAGGCUGACUCCAAAACCUCGCCCAUCAUCCAAUCAGAGGGGUCCGCCUUCCCCUGGAACAUCGACGGAGAGCUGGUGGAGAUCGCUAACGAAGUGCUCGUCAGGGUCCACCCGCGGCUCAUCACUCUGUACGGGGAGGAGGUGGACGAGGCCGAGUCGACCGUCUCCUGCAGCUGCAUCUGAGUCCAGCAGAGGGCGCUGCUGUGAUAAAGACACGUUGCCAUGGUGACUACAAUGACUCAACAGUGCCCUCUCUAGGUCAUUACUGUUUCCAUGGCAAUGUGAACUGAUGUAGAAGUUUCAUUCAAAGCAGCAGAAACACAUAAAAGUAGCCACAGCAGCUUUGCAGCUACUUGUUUACGACGUACGUUUAAGCUGCAUUAACUGAUUUCUUUUUUGAUAGAUUACAGCAGCUUUAAUAACCUAUAAGAUCAAUUGUAAGCUACCUUUAACUCCAAAUUGCCUAUGCUUUAUGAUAUAAAAGUUUACCACUUCUAGAACUGAUAUAAUGGAUAAAGAUAAAUGUUUUAUAUUCGAUGUUUAUAUUUUACUAUAUUUUAAUUACCGGCUCUUCUCAGAUGACUAAUUCGUGCUGCCUAUUUUUUUUUUAUUACAAUUUUAAUUUAGUUUUAUCUCGUCCAGUUUCCGGUUCUGUGGCAGAGAACAAAGAUUAAUCUGUAUUUAGUUUGUGAGUUCAAACUAUAAACAUGAGCUAAAAAAGUUGCUGCAACACAAGCAGAAUCGGACUGGAUGAGCUCAAUGUGUCCAAAGACUGUAAAAGUUUUAUAUUUGAAAAUAACAGAGCUGUUUUUACUUAAUAUGGCAGAUUUUAUUUAGAAGCUCUUUUAAGCUUUUGUAUUGAGAAAAUGCAGCUGUGAUCAUGAUGAGAAAAAACAAGUACAAGUUGUUGUUUAAAUAGAAAUUCCUUCAUUUUAAUAGAAAAGUGUUGAUAAAAGCAGUGAGACUCUCCAGUGCAGAACAACUUCACAUAAACAAAAACAAACUAAUUUAUUAAAAUAUUAAAAACA